ACAACCGGAAGAAGCUGCCUUUCGGGGAUACAGGUGAUGAUGAUGCUGCCGGUAGAGCUGCAGGGCACGGCGAGCUGAGCUGCUUCUUGGAGCAACGUGGCAGGACAAGGGAAUAAACAGUAGGUAUAUCUUGAGGCAAAUAGCUAGCUAUCUUCAGACUUAAGCCAAGGGCAAGAAGAGCAAGAGAAAAGCACAGGGAGAAAGAAUAGCACAUGCUAAGCCCAAAGAACAGAACAACCAAAAGGGGGGUUUGAUUCUUGAAGAUUUCCAUGGGUUAAAGCAAUCCCAUAUCCAUUCCUCUUGCCUUUCUACAAUACAAAAAAUGGCUUCCUUGUUCUCUGCCUCUCUUCACCACCUAUGAAUACAAGCAAAGCAAUAUUUAAAACGCAGGACUUCGCUUAGUUCUGAAGAUUGUUCUUCCUUGGAGCUAUUCGUUCUCUACAAAUACGUUGGGCGCCAUGGACGGCGACUUGAAGAAGCUAAGAACAUCGCUCUUGCGCAGGGUUCGAUUUCCUGGAUUAGGAAAGGGAAACAAAGGUGGCAGACAGGCUCCAACAAUACUGCAAGAAGAAGACACAUCUCUUCAAAGAGCACCGAUGAAUAGCAGCGAUGGAUAUGAUGCUGCAUUUGCGGCCACAAUUGCUGCAGCAGCAUAUGCAAUUGCUUCGCAAGAAGAGAAGCUAGCAGCUCAGAAGAAGCCUGUCCCCAUUCAGGGGCAAUCUACUACUCCUCCUGUCCAGUCUCCAGUAAAGAGAGGUGAAAGCAUGAAAAAACCCACAGGAGGCAGCAAGAUCUCAAGAUGGUUUAGUGGCAAAGAGCCUGCUGAAGACAAUGACGAUGGACCAGCCAAUGUAUCUGUAAGGAGGCCACUUAAACCAGCACAAAGAAAGCAAGAGGACAUAGCUUCAGAUCAGAAGGUGCCACCCAAGAUGGUUGAUUCUUCUCUGAGCGCGAAGAAAGGUUCGGGUUCCUCUAGCAAAUUGCAAGACAAGAAAGGGAGCAAGAAGUUUGAGCAAGAGCAGGUGAUUCAGAAGACCCCAUCCACCACAAGGCCAGCAACAUCGUAUCAUUCUAGACGGAAUGGAGAUGGUACUGUUGGAUUAACUGCUGUUGGCCCAGCAGACACCAAAACUAAUGAAUGGGAGAAGGCGAAGCUCGCUAGCAUUACGGAAGAGUAUAAGAACAUGAUGGAUACCAUAGCUGAAUGGGAGAAUGAGAAGAAGGUGAAGGCUAAGCGCCAAAAAGAGCAAAAAGAGAAAGUGUUGGACCAAAAGAGAGCAAAGGCACUAGAAGAAUACAGCCAGGAAAUAACAAGGAUCAACAAAAUUGCUGGAGGAGCAAGGACAAUGGCAGAGGAAAGGAAAUAUAACGAUGAGAAAAAGAUCAAAGAAAAGGCAAAUAAAAGACGGUUAUCGGAAAAGGCUCCCCGCGCAUGCGCUUGCUUUUAAGAUAUUUCCAUAUGAUGCAAUAUUUGAAUGGAAUGAUAGGCGAUUGCAAGAUUGUACCCUCCAAACAACGAUGUAUUGUGCUUUAUAAUGUGUAUUGGUUUGAUGAGUGUAUAGAAUUUUAUCCAGCAUGCAAAAAGUUGGCAUGCUCUACUAAAAAAGGUACAGCUUUUGCAUAAUCACCAAGUGCUUUCAAAA